CAGGGCAGCGGUAGUCUCUUUGACAGGAGCACUGGAAAGGCGGGAGGUCCUUGGAGGAGCGGCCAGAGGGUGAGUGAGGAGGGGCAGGAGAGGAGGCCACUGCUGCUGCUGCUGCUGCUGUGAGCUGCUGUGUGUGCCAGCAGCCGCACUCUCUCCCUGCCAGCACCAUGGAGCCCAACAGCCCCAAGAAGAUCCAGUUCGCCGUGCCCCUCUUCCACAGCCACCUGGACCCCCAGGCAGCGGAACACAUUCGCCGAAGAAGACCCACACCAGCCACGCUGGUGAUCUACAACGACGCACCUGCCGCAGAAGGGGAUGACAAAGGGACAACAGGAAGCCAAGCGGAGGUACAGAGUGCCGAGCCGUCCCCCGCCCAGAGGAAGCAGAGCGUCUACACCCCACCCACUAUGAAAGAGCUGCAGCUGGUGGUGGAGCAGCACCUUCAGAAGCAGGAGCAUCAGGAGGCGGGGCUCUCUGACAGCCUUGACUCGCUCAGUCCAAUCACGGCCCAGCACUAUGGCAACGCAGCCCAGUGGGCCAAUCACAACUGCCCGGAGCCCAAUGGCAACGAGGCCUUUGUCAGUGUGCAGCUUGGUACUGAGGAAAACCCAGACAGCAGCUGUGCUGGGGGCAGGGAGUUGACGGACCCCCACGGAGCGCGGGAGGAAGGGAGAGACCCCCGCGGCCCCCAGCGAUGGCGGCCGCACUCCGACACCUGCGCCGAGCAGCAGCCAGGAACCCCGCCCAGGCGCAAGGACACGCCCUACCAGCACCCUCAUCCCUUUACUCCAGGAGGGAAGCUGCUGCACCCGCAAAGGGAGUCCGCGUUCCCCGAAGAGGAGGAGGGUCUGGAGGAACAGGAGGAUGAUGGGAAACCGUAGAGACAGCAUGGGACUCCAUUUUCACAUCUGGUGUCGACAGUUCUGGCGUGUGAGUGGAAAAGAGAAUUGGGUGCCCUUUUUCAGCCAAAUGGGGCUCAGAGGUAUUGAUAAAUGCCUUUUUUGUCUUAAGAAACAACCGUCUUUCUUUUAUACCCCUACCCCUGAGCUCCAGCUGCAGGUGAGGUGGGGAGGGUUUUGAACGGCCGGAAGGACUAGGGGGG